AUGGGCCCACGCCGCCGUCGUCCGUGCACGCCCGGCCGACCGCCCAUGAUAGUGCCCGUGCCGAUCACCGCCGCAGCGUUCGAGCCCUACGGGUCGCUUAUGUCGCACAGCGACCAGCUCGCGGGCUGCGCCGCGCGCAACGCCAACCAGGGCACCGCAGUCAAGGUUCACGCCGGCACCACCCGCUGUCUCCUCGGGUCCGCCGUGCGGGAGCCCGCGUGGCACCUCUUCCGGAGCUUCGUCCCGCCCCAGCUCCGCUGCGCGCUAGCCACCUCCCCCACGCCACACGUGCUGCGCCACCCCGUGCCCGUGCUCGAACAGCACCCCUUCACUUCGCAGACAUUCGUGCCCAUCGGCCAGGGCUCGGGCCCCGUGUACAUCGUUGUCGUGGCCCGGCCCUCCGCGCGGGGCGAACCCGACCUCCUCACGCUGCGAGCCUUCGUGUGCGCCGGCACGCACGCCGUGACGUAUGCGCCCGGUGUCUGGCACGCGCCAAUGAUCGCCGCCGCGCCCCAGGACUACGUCGACUUUCUCUCGCUCACACACGUACUGGACGACCCGCAGCAGCCCGAAGCGGACUGCGUCGAGCACAGCUACACGCCCGAUCCGCUGCAGCUCGCCGUCUACGCGCACGCCCAAUGA